CGCGCCGGGUGGUAGCAGCGUAGGAGCGAGAGAGAGAGAGGGCGGCGGCGUUUCUUGGUGUUUGGGCGGCGGCGGCGGAGGAAGGCCGGCAAGAUGAUCACGGGGACGGACUUCUACCACGUGAUGACGGCGAUGGUGCCGCUGUACGUGGCGAUGAUCCUGGCGUACGGGUCGGUGAAGUGGUGGCGGAUCUUCACGCCGGACCAGUGCUCCGGGAUCAACCGGUUCGUGGCGCUGUUCGCCGUGCCGCUGCUCUCCUUCCACUUCAUCUCCACCAACAACCCCUACACCAUGAACCUCCGGUUCAUCGCCGCCGACACGCUGCAGAAGCUCAUCGUCCUCGCGCUGCUCACGCUGUGGAGCCACCUCUCCAGCAGGGGCUCGCUCGAGUGGACCAUCACGCUCUUCUCCCUCUCCACGCUGCCCAACACGCUCGUCAUGGGCAUCCCGCUGCUCAAGGGCAUGUACGGCGACUUCUCCGGCAGCCUCAUGGUGCAGAUCGUCGUGCUCCAGUGCAUCAUCUGGUACACGCUCAUGCUCUUCAUGUUCGAGUACCGCGGCGCCAGGAUCCUCAUCACCGAGCAGUUCCCGGACACCGCCGGCGCCAUCGCCUCCAUCGUCGUCGACUCCGACGUCGUCUCGCUCGACGGCCGGAGGGACCUGCUGGAGACGGAGGCCGAGGUGAAGGAGGACGGCAAGAUACACGUCACCGUGCGCCGCUCCAACGCGUCGCGCUCGGACAUCUACUCGCGGCGGUCCAUGGGGUUCUCCAGCACCACGCCGCGGCCGAGCAACCUCACCAACGCCGAGAUCUACUCGCUGCAGUCGUCGCGGAACCCGACGCCGCGGGGCUCCAGCUUCAACCACACCGACUUCUACUCCAUGGUCGGCCGCAGCUCGAACUUCGCCGCCGGCGAUGCGUUCGGCGUGCGCACCGGCGCCACGCCGCGUCCGUCCAACUACGAGGAGGACGCGCCCAACAAGGGCAACAAGUACGGCCAGUACCCGGCGCCCAACCCGACCAUGGCGGCGCCGCCCAAGCCUAAGAAGGCGGCAGCGAACGGCCAGGCCAAGGGCGAGGACGGUAAGGACCUGCACAUGUUCGUCUGGAGCUCCAGUGCGUCGCCCGUGUCCGACGUGUUCGGCAACGGCGCCGCCGAGUACAACGACGCCGCCGCCGUCAAGGAGGUCCGCAUGGCCGUCGCCUCGCCGCGCAAAGGUACAGAACACCCCACCCUCCUCACGCCCGCAUUUCAUCCUCGCACUGUUGCACAUGGCGGCGAGCUUACCAUACUCUGUUCUUGCUGCUUGACUAAUCGAUCGGCAGCGGAUGGCGUGGAGCGGGACGACUUCAGCUUCGGGAACAGAGGCGCCGCCGAGAGGGACGCGGAGGCCGGCGACGAGAAGUCCGUGGCGGCGGCGGCGGCGGGGAGCGAGCAUGGCAAGCCUGGCUUGACGCCGGCGCCGACGGCGAUGCCGCCGACGAGCGUGAUGACGCGGCUCAUCCUGAUCAUGGUGUGGCGCAAGCUCAUCCGCAACCCCAACACCUACUCCAGCCUCAUCGGCCUCAUCUGGUCGCUCGUCUGUUUCCGGUGGAACUUCGAGAUGCCGGCGAUCAUCCUGAAAUCCAUCUCCAUCCUCUCCGACGCCGGCCUCGGCAUGGCCAUGUUCAGCCUCGGGCUGUUCAUGGCGCUGCAGCCGCGGAUCAUCGCGUGCGGGAACAAGGUGGCGACGUUCGCCAUGGCCGUGCGGUUCCUGACCGGGCCGGCCGUCAUGGCCGCCGCCUCCAUCGCCGUCGGCCUCCGCGGCACGCUCCUCCACGUCGCUAUCGUGCAGGCAGCGCUGCCGCAGGGGAUUGUCCCCUUCGUCUUCGCCAAGGAGUACAGCGUGCACCCUGACAUUCUCAGCACGGCAGUCAUCUUCGGCAUGCUCAUCGCGCUGCCCAUCACGCUGGUGUACUACAUCCUGCUCGGGCUGUGACUGUGAGCAAGAAGCCGCGGCGGCAAGCAUGUCCAUUUUGCAGCAGCUAAAAUGCCCGGGACAGACAGAGGAGGGGGACAAGGCUGCAUGCAUGCAGUCACUGAUCAAUUCACUCACCACCAGUUCACCAUGGAGGAUUGGAGGAGGAGCAAGAAGCCAAGCAGUCGGGCAGCUGGGUUUUCAUUAGAUUUUUCUUUUUCCCUCUUAGGUGUAGAGAUCGAUGGGAGAGCUGGGAGAAUUGUUUAGGGCAGAGAGUUCCAAAGGCAGGCAUGUGCAAAAGCCUUUGGGGGACAGGGUUCAGGUUUUUAGUACAGGGCCUGGGGGUUUGCAUUGCAUGGCUGGCCUUUGUGGUGAAAUGGGUGUCAAUUUGGUGAAAAACUGUAGUAGAGCUCUUCUUGUUCAUCCUAGGUAUAGUACUACUUCGGCAUGGCACAAAGCUUUAGCAAGAUUAAUCGAUAAUAAAAUACUUCA